GGAGCAUGAUGGGAAUCGUAGUAGGAAAGAGUCUGGGCGCGUCGAGUGGUUUGUUCCGUGGAGCCUCCGAGAAAAGCACGCGAAGGACAGGGUUCUGCGAGGAGAGCGACUCAGAGCAGUCUGGGAAUUGUAGUCCAGUUGGCUUAGCCGGAGACUCGGGGUGAGCGCCGAGGUUCCGGGAAGGGGCUGAACAGGUCUGUAAAGAGACUGUGACUAUGCCUCUUAACUCUGUAGCUGGAGCAUAAGAACUGUUUGUUUAAUGAAUGACCUAUCCAUUUAGGACCUAUUUAGACCCUGAGGAUAACCCUGUGAAUUGCUGAUAGUUCACUGGGUCUGUCCCUUAAUGUUGGUUUCAUUAUGCUGAGACGAAAACCAACCCGUCUGGAGCUGAAGCUUGAUGACAUUGAGGAGUUUGAAAGCAUUCGAAAGGACCUGGAGACCCGUAAGAAACAAAAGGAAGAUGUGGAUGUUGUAGGAGGCAGUGAUGGAGAAAGUGCCAUUGGGCUCGGCAGUGACCCCAAGGGCAGGGAACAAAUGAUUAAUGAUCGAAUUGGUUAUAAACCCCAACCCAAGCCCAACAAUCGUUCAUCUCAAUUUGGAAGUUUUGAAUUUUAGAGGUGGAUUAUCUUGUGUGCCAGAGCCCUGGAAUGGAGUAAAAUGAUGGCAGAAAUAUAAACAAGAUUUAGAGAAUUGAGUGCUUGCAGUCAAGCCGAAUAUUUUACGCCCUGCAGAGAGAGAUACUUCCACAUGAGAUUGCUGAUGCUUAACUUUCACUCUGAAAGCUGAAAUUCAAACUCUGGUUUGUCUCUGGAAAAUCUGACUCGAUAAAACUUGUCUGAUUUUUGUUUUUAAAAAUAAAUAUAUUUUUGGAAAA